AUAACCUGUAGUGUUCUUCUAGUGCUGGGACUGAGUCUGAAGAAUGAUAGUAGUUCAGUCAGUGAUACUAAUUCCCCCUCUCUCCCCACAGUUCCCAGUGAUCCGGUCCACAAUCUCAGUGCUCAGAUCUUCAGUUCUACAGCCAUCAUAGUAAGCUGGGAUCCCCCUAUGGAACCCAACGGACGCCCCUUCUACUUGCUCACCCUGCAGGAAGCAGGACACCCCCAACCUCCUAAACCUCUGAACCCCUCUUUCCCUAACACCAACCCCCCCGGACCCCCCACUGUCAACAAUACCAUCACCAAGACAACCAACGAUAACGUCUUCCUGUUUACCAAACUCAGGAAGUACUAUCCCUACGUCUUCACUGUUACCCCGGCAACCAGUGCCGGCCCCGCCCACAACCACACCAGCCUGCUGCAUGUGAGGACUGAUGAUGAUAUUCCCAGUUCAGCUCCAGUGCUGGUGUCCAGUAGGAACCUGUCGUCCUCCUCUGUGUCUGUGGUGUGGCAGCGCCCCCUGGAGGCCAACGGAGAGAUAACAGAGUAUUUCCUCACCAUGUUCGGCCCUGGCGGCUCCAACACCACACACACCCCCAACACCACCCUCACACUCACACAGCUCCUGCCCUACACAGCCUACAACCUCUCCAUCACRGCAGCCACCCGCAAGGGCUCCGGACCCCCGCUACUACUGAUGCUGCACACAGAUGAAGCAGGUCCGAUGUCUCCUCCCCGGAACCUAUCUCUGUAUAACCACACAGCCUUCUCUGUGUGGCUGACCUGGGAACCCUCUCUGGAACCCAAUGGUGUGGUCACAAACUACGGCUUCAGGAUCUGGGAGAUUAACACAAACACAAUCAGAUAUCAGAACUCUACAGGUCCGUGGACAGAAGMACAGCUGAGUGGGUUCAGGCCUCACAGCUCRUAUGAGAUCAGUGUGCUUAGCUACACCAGAGUGGGUCAUGGAGACCAGUAUAGCACUCCUGUGUCCUUCACAACCAAUGAGUCCGUGUCUGAAGUGGUGGGUAACCUAUCCUGCUCUGGUCUGGGCUGGGACUCUGUGUUCCUACACUGGGAGCCUCCAGCCAACCCCAAUGGACGCAUCCUGUACUACCAGGUCCAGGUGGACAGACACUCAGACUCACAGUCAUACAUACACCAGGCUGACACAAACCAGUAUACGGUCAGUGGGCUGGCGCCGGARGCAGAAUUCACACUCACCGUAACGGCUGUCAACUCUGCCGGCCCAGGAGACCAGUUCCUGGUGUCCCUCGAUUCCUGA